CGUUGUGGAAGGAAUCGCAGGUGAAUCACGCUAUACCAAGUCCUCUUGGCCAAAAGCUUCGUUCGGUGCAGCCUGGCCGUUGAUCCGUAUAUCGAUUCGGCCCGUCGGUCAGCAUAUAAGUGUUGGGGGUCUCCUCGGGGUAGAUGGGAACCCUGGGAAUAUCCUCGUCAAGAAAUUCUUCUAUCUCCGACAAGAACGACAGGUGGAUGCAAGAAUGGAGUAUCAACAUCAUUUGACUUUACGCAGUCCCACUGGGACACCGGGAUCCUCAGCCUUUAUCGGUGAAGUGGGAUACCCCUCCUUGCCACUGGACUUGAUCUGCGGAUUGAAUAACUAUGUCGCCUUCCAGGCGCACAAUCAAGGCACGGGCAUGCUGCCGACCACCCCGACCAUAAGCAGCUCCGAAAGCUCUCCCAUUGUUUCCCCUGCGCCGUCAGCCUCACCAUCGACGGCCGACCCGAGUGAGUCCAAAGCAGCCAGGCGCCGAGCCCAAAACAGAGAUGCUCAGCGCCGAUUCCGCGAGCGCAAAGAGCAUCAAAAGAAGAUUCUAGAGAAGGACGCGGACGCGCUCCGUACGGAUUACCAGGCGCUCUUGAGGCAGUACGCUGACACGGCUACCGAUAUGACGAGGCUUGUCAAGGAGAACGACGCCCUGCGUUUGGAGGUCAAGAACCUGCGCUACCAGUGGCGCUUAGUCCUUGCUGUGCUGCAGCGGCUGCAGGGGGCGGAGUCAAUAGCGGCUGCCUUGCCGGAAGAUGCAUUCGUUCUUGAAGAUGUUGCUGUCCAGGCCUAUCCUGAGGACUUUUCUAGUGGACCUCUUCCCAAUAUGACGCGGUUUCUCAGCUGA